AUGCUCUCCCACGCCGACCUCCUGGACGCCAGACUCGGGAUGAAAGAUGCGGCCGAGCUUCUGGGCCACCGGGAAGCGGUGAAGUGUCGGCUGGGCGUGGGGGGCUCCGACCCCGGGGGUCACCCGGGCGACCUGGCCCCCAACUCGGACGCUGUGGAGGGGGCCACCCUGCUGCCGGGAGAGGACAUCACGGCGGUGGGCUCCAACCCGGCCUCGCUGGCCGUCAGCGCCAAGGACCCGGACAAGCAGGGGGGCCCGCCGGGCGGCCAGAACCCGGGCCAGGCGGGCGGUCAGCAGCAAGGGCAGCAGAAACAGAAACGCCACCGCACCCGCUUCACCCCGGCCCAGCUCAACGAACUGGAGAGGAGCUUCGCCAAGACCCACUACCCCGACAUCUUCAUGCGGGAGGAGCUGGCCCUCCGCAUCGGCCUCACCGAGUCCCGCGUGCAGGUGUGGUUCCAGAACCGGCGGGCCAAGUGGAAGAAGCGCAAGAAGACGACGAACGUGUUCCGGGCCCCGGGGACUCUGCUGCCGACGCCGGGGCUGCCCCAGUUCCCCUCGGCCGCCGCGGCCGCCGCCGCGGCCAUGGGCGACAGCCUGUGCUCUUUCCAUGCCAACGAUACCCGCUGGGCAGCGGCCGCCAUGCCCGGCGUGUCGCAGCUGCCGCUGCCCCCGGCGCUGGGCCGCCAGCAGGCCAUGGCGCAGUCCCUGUCCCAGUGCAGCCUGGCCGCCGGGCCGCCCCCCAACUCCAUGGGCCUGUCCAACAGCCUGGCGGGCUCCAACGGCGCCGGCCUCCAGUCCCACCUCUACCAGCCCGCCUUCCCCGGCAUGGUGCCCGCCUCCCUCCCCGGCCCCAGCAACGUGACGGGCUCGCCCCAGCUCUGCAGCUCCCCGGACAGCAGCGACGUGUGGCGGGGCACCAGCAUCGCCUCCCUGCGCCGCAAAGCGCUGGAGCACACAGUGUCCAUGAGCUUCACCUAA